AUGUCCAACAGCAGCUCCAUCACCCAGUUCCUCCUCCUGCCGUUCACAGACACACGGGAGCUGCAGCUCUUGCACUUCUGGCUCUUCCUGGGCAUCUACCUGGCUGCCCUCCUGGGCAACGGCCUCAUCAUCACCACCAUAGCCUGGGACCAGCACCUCCACACCCCCAUGUACUUCUUCCUGCUCAACCUCGCCCUCCUCGACCUGGGCUCCAUCUCCACCAUUGUCCCCAAAUCCAUGUCAAAUUCCCUCUGGGACACCAGGGCCAUUUCCUAUUCAGGUUGUGCUGCGCAGGUCUUUCUGUUUUUGUUUUUCAUUUCAGCAGAGUUUUAUCUCCUCACCAUCAUGUCGUACGACCGCUACGUUGCCAUCUGCAAACCCCUGCACUACGGGACCCUCCUGGGCAGCAGAGCUUGUGUCCACAUGGCAGCAGCUGCCUGGGCCACUGGGUUUCUCAAUGCUCUGCUCUACACGGCCAAUACAUUUUCACUGCCCCUGUGCAAGGGCAAUGCCCUGGGCCAGUUCUUUUGUGAAAUCCCCCAGAUCCUCAAGCUCUCCUGCUCACACUCCCACCUCAGGGAACAUGGGCUUAUUGUGGUUAGUGCCUGUUUAGCAUUUGCGUGUUUUGUGUUCAUAGUGGUGUCCUAUGUGCAGAUCUUGAGGGCCGUGCUGAGGAUCCCCUCUGAGCAGGGACGGCACAAAGCCUUUUCCACCUGCCUCCCUCACCUGGCCGUGGUCUCCCUGUUUGUCAGCACUGCCAUGUUUGCCUACCUGAAACCCUCAUCCAUUUCCUCCCCAUCCCUGGAUCUGGUGGUGUCAGUUCUGUACUCAGUGGUGCCUCCAGCAGUGAACCCCCUCAUCUACAGCAUGAGGAACAGGGAACUCAAGGAGUCUAUAAGGAAAGUGAUGAAUGUUUGCUUUUCAAAAGCAGUAAUGAACUGACCUCCUGCUUCUGCAUGUCACUUGUAAUAUAACUCAUACCAGUUCAACCUGAGUUUUGUACUUUUUUUUUUUUUUUCUUUGGUUUUAGGUAUUCUUUCUUGUAUUAAUGCUACCCACAACCAAAAUUAUUUUUCAUCUUAUAUCUAUGUCCAUAUCUACCUGUCUGGUGUGACCCGUUGUCUUUUUCUAAAUAAGGAGCUGUACUCUCUGUGUGUAUAAAUGAAAUAAAGGACCCCGCACUGACUUGUUUGCCCAGAAUCCUCUCUCUGGGAUCUCUGGGGCUGCAGGAGCCAUGUCUGUGUGCUGAGGGGGAGUGAGCAGGACCCACCCUGAGCUGGGUCUUCCUCCCACCCUGACCAAUGUGAAUCUGUGGACUCAACCCAUGGCCCUGGGCACCACAGCCCACUUGCUCUGCAGUUCGGAGCUGUAUGGAGCGUGGGAAGGGGGGCAGGAACAGCUGGCCAGGUCAGCAUAGCUCAGCUCUCUUGGGAAAGGGCUCUGUGGGGAGACGGGAUGUUCCAGGAGAAGCAUGGGGCACUGUAUGUGUGCAGGAAAGACAUGGAAAGAUAAACCCUUUGCUGCAGGUGGCAGCUUGGGGCAGGCAGCCCUGGCACUGGGGCAGCAGCUUCUCAUGUUUAGUGUUGUUUUUUUUUUUUUUUUCGAGGGAUGUUUUGUGUUCAUCGUGGUGUCCUAUGUGCAGAUCUUCAGGGCCGUGCUGAGGAUCCCCUCUGAGCAGGGACGGCACAAAGCCUUUUCCACCUGCCUCCCUCACCUGGCCGUGGUCUCCCUGUUUCUCAGCACUGCCUUGUUUCCCUACCUGAAGCCCCCCUCCAUGUCCUCCCCAUCCCUGGACCUGGUGGUGUCAGUUCUGUACUUGGUGGUGUCUCCAGCAGUGAACCCUCUCAUCUACAGCAUGAGGAACCAGGAGAUGAAAGUGUCCCUGAAGAAGCUGAUUCAGUCAUUUUUCUGUCGGCAACAAUAAGUUACCCAUGUCUCUUUAGAAGUGAUUUCCAGUUCAUCUCAGGAACCUCCUGUGCAUUGUGCAUUUUAUCUGUGAUAACCAUGUUUGUCAAGGAAUUUCUUCACCCACGGCACUUCUCCAGAGCAGUGACUCAGAGGCCUCUCUACCUGUUUCUGGGGCCCUGGUACAGCUGAUGUCCUGUGUCACUUCUCUGUAAUACAGGUGUGGACCCAUUUUGAAAUCACUGUAUUUCUGAAAUUGGGGCCAUCUUUUUGAAACACCCCACAAAAGGGGAUUUCCUCAGUCUCAAUAUUUGGAGCUUGGGCUCUUCUUCCAAAGCUGUGGUCAGCCUGAAUAAA